AUGCAAAAAUUAAAAUAUCCGAGAAGAAUAUACAACGCCAUCAGUAAUAAUAUAAUUAGAAUUGGUGAAGAAUAUGAAUUUGAACAAGCAUCUUUUGAGACAUAUAAGUUUACAUGCGGUUAUAUUGAAUAUUGCAUAAAUAAGCAUUAUUUUUUGGUUGAUACUAUUCAAAAAAAUAUCGGAUACAUAGAACUUUAUGAUUUAAAGACAAAUCAAUUAGUAAAUGUCUUUCAAAGACAGAUUUUAUAUAAAUCAAUCUGGAUGGAUGUUCCUGCAUUAUCAUACUCAAUAUCAAACAAUAGAAAAUUAUUAGCAUACGUAUUGUCAUCCAUUAAAGGGGUCGUAAUAUAUUCGAUCGAAUGUGGUAUUGAAGUAGCAAAGUUUGUAGAUAUUAUAGAUAUAAAUGACAAUCCGGAAUUUAAAGUGGAGCUUCCAUUAGUAGAAUUCGGAGAGCCUUAUAAAAUACAACAAUCAAAUUCAUUCAUAGUUGUUGAGAAAGAUGAUAAAUUGGUUAUUUAUGAUGAUUUUAUUAUAGAUAAAUAUUUGAAAUAUUUGAAGAAAAAUGGUGAACAAAAUUGGAAGCAACUAUCAAGUGAAUAUUUUUCGAGGAAUGAUCUCGAUAAUAAGAUCAGAGAUCUUCACGAUAAUGAAUCGGAGUUAGAUGAAUUUUACAAGGUGCUUGAACCUUGGUCGUUAGAAUAUGAUCAAGGUCCUAAAAAAAGAUCCCUUGAAUUCAUUUAUGUGCCUUUAUCUCAAUUGUUCUCUGACUUGGACAAUUUUUAUAAUACAAGAAUUCAAGUGAUAGAGAUCAAGUAUUGUAUUGGAAAAUUCAAGCUUAAAUUCAGCACUGAAAAAGUUGAUUUUGUUGAAAGUUCUCUUCAGACUGAAACGGAUGAAAGUAAAAUAGAAGAUAAAAUUAAAACAGAAGAUGAAAUUAAAGCAGAAGAUGAAAUUAAAACGGAAGAUAAAAGUAAGACAGAAGAUGAAGUUAAACCGAAUGAUGAAAUUAAAAUGAAUGAAAGUAAAACGGAAGAUGAGACUAAAACGAAAGAUGAAACUAAAACGGAAGAUGAAACUAAAACAGAAGAUGAAAUUAAAAUGGAGGACGAAGAUGAUAUUUUAAAUGUAGUAAAAUAUGCUUGUCAAACACUUCAUUAUUUCACUGUUUACAAAUUUGUUAAACAGUUUUAUGAUAAAAAUAGACAAUUAAAAUUCGAUUAUCUCAUUGAACAAACACGAAAAAUAAUAUUAAGAUUUAUUAGAUUGCAUCCAAUCGCUUGGCGGUUGUUAGAUAUUCGCUUUGAUUUAAUGAGUAUUCUUAUUAGAACAGCGGAUUAUGAACUCGUAAAUGACAUAUUAUCUUCCGAACAAUUGAUUCAUGUGCCCCAAUAUUUUUCUUGGUCAGGCAAACAAAGUACUAUUCAUAACGCACUUAGGGAAUACUAUUCUAAUAAUGCAGUUGAUAAUAUUGGAUGGAUGAAUACAGUUAGGAAGAUUACAUUCCCUUCAUUAAACAUAAAAAAAGAUGACCCUGACGUUCGUGAAAUUUUAUAUGAAAACCCAUCUAUGGGUGCAGUCAUGAAUUGGAUGUGUCAAUCUUCAACAACGUAUGGAAUUACUCAGGGAAAUGUAGUUUAUACUAUGACUGAAAAGGGAUCAGAUAAUCCAUUUUCCAAUAUUAUUGGUGCCAUACUUGCGGUAUAUGAUUGGUCUUCAGCGUCAUUAGAUGCAUGGAAUUUUUGGCCACUUACUGUAAUUGGUGUAAUUGGCAGCUUUAUUUUUGUGAUUAUAUUACAAAAUGUAAUCAUUUCAUUUAUGGGUGACGCUUUUUCAGAUGCUGUCAAAGAUAGUAAACGUGGUGUAUAUCGUUAUCAAAUUGACUUGGUUCAUGAUUUUGCACUUCUUGAGGAAUCACUUGAAUUUAAUGAAUUAGAUUCCAAGUUUAAGGAUAAAAUAAGAGUAAAGUAUAUCUAUUUCUAUGAUGAUCCAUCUAUCACAGGUUCGUGGAAAGAAAAAUCUGAAAAAAUGAGAUCAAAACCAUAUCCAGAUAUUCCAAAACUAAUUGGAAGCGGAUUUGAAUCUUGGUCAGUUGAUAGUUGCGAAUUUAUUUGGAACAAAAAAGACAAAAAAGAAGAAACCUUAAAGUUGACUGAAGAAGAAACUAAUGAUAUUAAAUAUUGGUUCCUUGAAGAUUGA